UCUUCCUCUCGCUGAGUCGCUCCUGCAGAAAGUGGGGAAGAGAGGACGAAAAGCAGGGGAGGGGGGACGGCAGGGCUGUUUACCUGUCUGCCUCCUUCGCCCCCCCCCCCCGCCCCGUUCUGUUCACUGCCUGUGUCAGCCUAUCCGCCUUCCCAAGCCCUCCCAUUCCCCCGGCGUGCCCCCCCCACUUUCCUUCCCGUCCUCUGUGUUUCUCCUCUUUCUUCCCUUCCCCCUCCAGCAUUGCCACCUCUCCUACAAGCAGGCAGGCACAUAAACGUAGGCUUUUGAUGCUCCUCUGCCUGUUGACCCCGCUAUUUUCAUGUUUCCAACAGGUUUUUCUUCCCCCAAUCCCUCUGCUGCUUCUGCUGCUGCUCAGGAGGUCAGAUCUGCCACUGAUGGUAAUACCAGCACCACUCCGCCCACCUCUGCCAAGAAGAGAAAGUUAAACAGCAGCAGCAGUAGCAGCAGUAACAGUAGUAACGAGAGAGAAGACUUUGAUUCCACCUCUUCCUCUUCCACCCCUCCACAACCCAGAGAUUCGGCAUCCCCUUCAACCUCGUCCUUCUGCGUCGGGGUUCCAGUGGCCAGUUCCAGCCACGUACCUAUACAGAAGAAACUGCGUUUUGAAGACACCUUGGAGUUGGUAGGGUUUGAUACGAAAAUGGCUGAGGAAUCUUCCUCUUCAUCUUCCUCAUCAUCGCCAACUGCUGCAACCUCACAGCAGCAGCAACAGCAACUUAAAACUAAGAGUAUAUUAAUUUCUUCAGUGGCUUCAGUGCACCAUGCAAACGGCCUGGCUAAAUCUUCUACCACGGUCUCUAGCUUUACUAACAGCAAGCCUGGCUCAGCUAAGAAGUUAGUGAUCAAGAACUUUAAAGAUAAGCCUAAAUUACCAGAAAACUAUACAGAUGAGACAUGGCAAAAGUUAAAAGAAGCAGUGGAAGCCAUUCAGAAUAGUACUUCAAUUAAGUACAAUUUAGAAGAACUCUACCAGGCUGUAGAAAAUCUUUGUUCUUACAAGAUAUCUGCAAAUUUAUAUAAGCAGCUGAGGCAGAUCUGUGAAGAUCACAUCAAAGCACAGAUUCAUCAGUUCAGAGAGGAUUCAUUGGAUAGUGUUCUUUUUCUAAAAAAGAUCGAUAGAUGCUGGCAAAAUCAUUGUAGGCAAAUGAUAAUGAUCAGGAGCAUCUUUUUGUUUCUGGAUAGAACUUAUGUUCUUCAGAAUUCAAUGCUACCCUCCAUUUGGGACAUGGGAUUAGAGUUAUUUAGGGCUCAUAUUAUAAGUGAUCAAAAAGUCCAGACAAAAACAAUUGAUGGCAUCCUUCUCUUGAUUGAGAGAGAGCGGAAUGGUGAAGCAAUUGAUAGAAGUUUACUUCGAAGCCUUUUAAGUAUGCUGUCUGAUUUGCAAAUUUACCAAGACUCUUUUGAACAACGAUUUUUGCAAGAAACUAAUCGGCUUUAUGCAGCUGAAGGUCAGAAGUUAAUGCAAGAAAGAGAGGUUCCUGAGUAUCUUCAUCAUGUUAAUAAACGCCUAGAAGAAGAAGCAGACAGACUUAUUACUUACUUAGAUCAGACCACCCAGAAGUCACUAAUUGCUUCUGUUGAAAAACAACUUCUAGGUGAACACUUAACAGCAAUUCUUCAGAAAGGUUUAAAUAGCCUCCUUGAUGAAAACCGAAUUCAAGAUUUGUCUCUCCUGUAUCAGCUUUUCAGUAGAGUUCGGGGAGGAGUUCAGGUUCUCUUACAGCAGUGGAUUGAGUAUAUCAAGGCUUUUGGAAGUACCAUUGUUAUUAAUCCUGAAAAAGAUAAAACUAUGGUUCAAGAAUUAUUGGACUUUAAAGAUAAAGUUGACCAUAUAAUUGAUACCUGCUUUCUGAAAAAUGAAAAAUUUAUCAAUGCCAUGAAAGAAGCAUUUGAAACAUUCAUUAAUAAAAGACCAAAUAAGCCAGCUGAACUGAUAGCCAAGUAUGUGGAUUCAAAACUUCGUGCAGGUAACAAAGAAGCUACAGAUGAAGAGCUUGAGAAAAUGUUAGAUAAGAUAAUGAUUAUAUUUAGAUUUAUCUAUGGUAAAGAUGUUUUUGAGGCCUUCUAUAAGAAAGAUUUAGCCAAACGCCUAUUAGUUGGCAAGAGUGCAUCAGUAGAUGCUGAAAAAUCAAUGCUGUCCAAACUGAAACAUGAAUGUGGAGCCGCUUUUACCAGCAAGCUUGAAGGAAUGUUUAAAGACAUGGAGCUUUCUAAAGACAUCAUGAUUCAGUUCAAACAGUAUAUGCAGAACCAGAAUGUACCUGGCAAUAUUGAAUUAACUGUUAAUAUCCUGACAAUGGGUUACUGGCCAACAUAUGUGCCUAUGGAAGUCCAUUUGCCACCAGAGAUGGUAAAGCUUCAGGAAAUUUUCAAGACGUUUUACUUAGGCAAGCACAGUGGCAGGAAACUCCAGUGGCAGUCAACCUUGGGACACUGUGUGCUAAAAGCUGAAUUUAAAGAGGGCAAAAAAGAACUUCAGGUCUCUCUUUUUCAAACCCUGGUGCUGCUAAUGUUUAAUGAAGGCGAGGAGUUCAGUUUAGAAGAGAUCAAGCAAGCUACAGGGAUAGAGGAUGGAGAAUUAAGAAGAACACUGCAAUCACUAGCUUGUGGCAAAGCUAGAGUUCUGGCUAAGAAUCCAAAGGGCAAAGAUAUCGAAGAUGGUGACAAAUUUAUUUGUAAUGACGAUUUCAAACACAAACUGUUCAGGAUAAAGAUCAAUCAAAUCCAGAUGAAAGAAACGGUUGAAGAACAAGCAAGCACUACAGAAAGAGUAUUUCAAGAUAGACAGUACCAAAUUGAUGCUGCUAUUGUCCGAAUUAUGAAGAUGAGAAAAACACUUAGCCACAAUCUUCUUGUUUCAGAAGUCUACAAUCAGCUAAAAUUUCCAGUAAAACCUGCUGAUCUUAAGAAGAGAAUAGAAUCCCUAAUUGACCGGGACUACAUGGAAAGAGAUAAAGAAAACCCAAAUCAGUACAACUAUAUUGCAUAGAAUGCUGGCCUUGGAACAUUUGUUGUCAUAAUGCGGUAGCCAAUGGAUAAACUAACUUGUUGAAUCUCAUGUUAUUUGACUUCUUUUAUACUUCCGAUGACCAAAUGAAGCAGUGUAAUGGGAAUAGUUGCGUGGACUUUUCUCAGUGGUUAACAUACCCAUUUUAAAGAGUAAUACUUAACCUUUAAGAAGAAUGUUGUUGAACUCUAUGCAUGUUAUUUAGUAUGAUGUGCAGAAAGUACCUGGGUCUUCAUGAUUCCUUUUGGAUCUGGGGAAGAGAUCCCUAUGGCCAUUAAAAGGGGGAGGGUGAUUCUUAUACAUCAUCAAUAAAGCAAAAGGUUUAUUUGCCUAAAAGUCAUUUAAAGUUACUUAAACUGCAUGCAAAUUUUAUUUACUGUACAGAGUUCUGGAUGUAUUUAUCAAAUAGAAAAACCACCCUGGACUUUGGUUGUUCACCCAUUUUGUGGUUUCCCUUGAAAAGAAGAGUAAGUCUUCAUUGUUGGCAUUCUGUUACACUGAAGGGGAAAAAGCCUUAUUUGGAAACAAGUUUUUCAAGUAGGGUGACAGUUCCUUCCAUCAUACCUUAAAUAUUCACAUCCUAAAGGUUUCCCAUUAUGAGUCUGGGAUGUGUACAUAAGACUUAGCCCCAAAUUCACUGUGCUGAUUAACAGGACUUAAAGUAGAUAGAGAAAUUGCUGAUCAUCUUGUACCACAAGAACAGAACAUAGUAAGAGGUGAAAACCCAGUUCAUUUUAUUAAAACUGAAUACAGUAUGAAAGUCACAGGAGACCAGAAUCAACAAAUAGGUUUUGUAAAUUGCAGGAGUAAAAAUUUACCAGCUGCCUUCCAUCAUGCUUCAGUCUUUAAAUGUUUGGAUUGUUUUGUCUUUAGUUUGGGCGGAUUGUCAAUUGUCAGAGGUUUCCUAAGAUUUGCAUUCCAGUUUUUUCUACUAUUUUUUUUUAACUGUCAUGCUCCUCCUGACUUGGAGAAACUCAACAUAUGAUUGAUUCUCCCUUGUCUUCCUUACACACUCCCUAUUUGAAACCUUCAAGUUCUGUAUUCCUUUUUUAAAAUUGCUUGAAUUUAAGAGUUCUCAUAGCCAUUGGACACCUGCUUUUCAGGGAAGUGUCUCCAAUUGGUCACACAGAAAAUAACAAAAUUAUUGCUUUUCAAAUUCAAAAUGUGAGUAAAAGACUUUUCUUCACCAGAGGGUUUUGCUUUGCUUCCUGGUUUCUCUUUCCGUGAAGGAAAUUGAUUAUGGCAGAGAAGCAGACUGUUCUGGUGUUUUCUCUUAAAUUAGAACUUCAAUGUUUUCUCCACUAGCAUAUAUCUUUGUCUUUUUGGAUCUAUUGUGGUAUCUUCAGCUUAGAAGACUUGGGGGCUCUUAUGUCUACUAUUGUUUUCUUGAAUUCUCAAAGACCUGUGGCCAGCUAUCUGUAUUUUUUUAAGUUGCCUAUUUCUCUCUAAUGCACCAACUUGCACACUGACUAUGUAUAGUAUUUAGAAUUAACUUCCCAGUUCUUUCUGAGCAGCUAUUUCGUAUAUUUUUUUUCCAGCUCCUCCCUGAUUUCCUUACAGGAGCUCUUCUGACAAGGAGUGUGGCUGUUAUGUUUACUGGACCAUCAGCAUCAGUGUUCUAAUUCAUCCCUGUUGGUCUCUGGGGUAUGGAGACUAUUACACCACUCACUAAGUUAUUCUUUACAUAGUUUUUAGGUAGAUUCAUUCCCACUAGGAUGCUCUUGAUACCAACUUCAUUAUCUUGAAAGCGGGUCCCUGUCCUGAAGUUCUUAACUCCUUGAAAACUUGAUGGUAUUUCAGCUGAAAAAUUAGCCAGACUACUAAGGGAAACUGUUUAUGAAACUGAAAAGUAAUGGCAAACUACAUUGGGUUAUUAAGAAUUUCAGUUGUUCUGUAUCGGUUGAAUUUUUGUGCUCUUUUCCCUGUGUAUGUGUGGUGGUUCUAUUUUUCUCCAAUAAAACUUUUAUUUUAAAAAA